AGCACUGUGUCAGAGUGCUGUUGUAUCUGUCCCGCCCACUGUAGUAAACCUCGUGAACUAUGUUUUAAAUUUUGUUGUAAACAUGUAAACAGCAACAAUUAAUUAAAAAACAUUAACACUGUUAAAUUAAAAGAAUUAAAGUUACUCCAAUUGAUUUUUUAUUUACUGCCUUCAUAAAAUUUAUGAAUAUUUAAAUAUUUUCAUUGUAAAAAUAUAAACCACCGGCAUCGAGUUCUAACCUUAAAUUUUUUAUAUUUUGUUUUAUUAAUUUAUCAGUUUUUUUUUAUUAAUUUAAAUUUUUGAGUUUUUGUAUUUUUGAAAUUAACAAUGACGUCUAUUAUUAAACUCCGCGCUAUUUCUGGAGCUAUGAAUGAAUCUCCUCCUUGUUAUUUGCUGGAGAUUGAUGAAGUUAAAAUUCUCCUUGACUGCGGCUGGAAUGAGCAAUUUGACGAAUCUUUUAUUAGAGAAUUGAAAAGACACGUGAAUCAGAUCGACGCAGUUGUAUUGUCAUAUCCGGAUCCUCUUCACUUAGGGGCCCUCCCCUAUUUAGUGGGAAAAUGCGGCCUCAGUUGUCCCAUUUAUGCGACCAUUCCUGUCUACAAAAUGGGCCAGAUGUUCAUGUAUGACAUGUAUCAGUCUCGGCUUGAUCUAGAAGACUUUGAUCUCUUUACACUGGAUGACGUCGACGCAGCAUUUGAUAAAAUUGUACAGUUGAAGUACAAUCAGAGUGUCCCAAUGAAGGGCAAAGGCUACGGUAUUACAUUGACACCCUUGCCAGCGGGACACAUGAUUGGGGGCACCAUUUGGAAGAUAGUCAAAGACGGGGAAGAAGAUAUAAUUUAUGCGGUAGACUUUAACCACAAGAAAGAACGACAUUUGAAUGGUUGCGAGCUUGAUAGAUUGCAAAGGCCCUCAUUAUUAAUAACGGAUGCUUUCAAUGCCAGUUAUCAGCAAGCGAGACGUAGGACACGUGAUGAAAAACUCAUGACCAACAUUUUGCAAACAUUACGUGGAGGUGGUAACGUUUUGGUUGGCGUUGAUACCGCAGGCAGAGUCUUGGAGUUGGCCCACAUGUUGGACCAGCUCUGGCGCAACAAAGAGUCGGGUUUGUUAGCUUAUUCUUUAGCGUUGCUUACUAAUGUCAGUUAUAAUGUGGUCGAGUUUGCCAAGUCACAGAUCGAAUGGAUGAGUGAUAAACUCAUGAGGAGUUUCGAAGGCGCACGAAACAACCCGUUCCAAUUUAAACAUCUCAAACUCUGUCAUAGUAUGAAGGAAUUGAAUAACGUGCCGGGUCCAAAAGUUGUGUUGGCAAGUACUCCAGACAUGGAGUGUGGAUUUUCAAGGGAAUUGUUUCUUCAGUGGUGUUCGAAUCCUCAGAAUAGUAUUAUAGUUACCAGCAGAACGUCGCCGGGAACUCUGGCGAGAGAGCUGAUGGAGAAGGGCGGUAAUCGGAGUAUUACAUUGGAGCUUAAGAAACGUGUGAAACUAGAAGGAUUCGAGUUGGAGGAGCAUCAGAAAAGAGAACGUGCUAAGCAGGAGAUGAUGAAGCAAGAGAAGAUGGAAACUGACGACAUCAGUUCUGAGUCGGAAGAUGAAAUAGAAGUCGGUGGUACCAGGGGUAAACACGACUUGCUAGUCAAACAAGAAUCAAAACCUGGCUUUUUCAAGCAGAGUAAAAAACAGCAUCCAAUGUUUCCAUUUUUUGAGGAAAAGAAAAAAUGGGAUGAGUAUGGAGAAGUCAUUAAUCCCGAUGAUUAUAGAAUAGCUGAAAUAACCCCCGAGACUGAAGAUAAUAAAGAGAAUGUCGAUGUCAAACCGGAAGAGACGAUUCUACAUACAGAGACACCCACAGAGGGACCAACGAAAUGCAUCCAAAUAACUAGGACGAUAAAUGUCAACGCAUCCAUAAUGUACAUCGAUUUCGAAGGACGAUCUGACGGAGAAUCCUUACAGAAAAUUCUGGCGCAACUGAGACCCAGAAGAGUCAUCCUAGUUCGCGGGUCUCAAAAAGACUGCCAAGUUCUUGCUCAACAGGCACAGUCUGUUGGUGCGCGAGUUUUCAUCCCAAGUCAAGGAGAAACUCUGGACGUCACCACAGAGACGCAUAUUUAUCAAGUGACAUUGACAGACGCACUCCUCAGUGGAUUGGAAUAUUCAAAAGUUCAAGGUGAUAAUGAGGUUGCUUGGUUCGACACGAGGAUCACCGAGCGAGAACGGAUCUGUCGAGAUGCUUCAUCAUCCAUUGCCGAUUCGAAGGACGAUGAAGCUAAGGAAGAAAACAUUUUUGCUCUUGAGCCCUUGAAUAUUAAUGAGGUCCCAGGUCACGAAUUUUUGUUCAUCAAUGAGAUCAAGCUUUCUGAUUUCAAGCAAGCCCUCACUAAAGCAAAUAUUUCAUCUGAGAUUAGUGGGGGUGUCCUGUGGUGCUGCAACAACACCAUAGCAGUAAGACGCGGUGAAGCAGGAAAAGUUGUUUUAGAGGGAGCCUUAUCCGAGGAGUACUACAUAGUGCAAGAGCUAUUGUUCGAACAGUUCGGGAUCAUAUAAAGCAAUUAAAAUAAAUAAAAGAUAGACUGUACAUAUUUAUAUUUUUUAAUUAUAAAAAUAAAACGAAGUAUUAAUAAUUAUCACUGUCAUAAAAUAUAUGUAAAUAAAAUAUAAUAAUGAAACCCGUGUCUUGUCUUAUAUUAACAAAUUUUAGGUUCAAAUAGUGGAGCGACAUUGCGAAGGUCAGACUGGUCGUGCAUUUCGCCGGCAGCACGUGUUAUUCAGCACUAAUUAGAAAACGUUUAUAUUGUGAUGGGUUAAUCCCAACAGGACCAAAGUUACGGGCCACUCUUCAUACGAAUUUUAAUAAAAAAUCUGAAUUCGCAUUCGUAUCGAAUGUCUCUUCUAGAGAACGUCCCUCGAGUUGAGUAAGCGGCACCCUUAAGAAACAAUCUCGCGAGUAUUUCAAAAUUAAAAAUUUACUUCCUUGUGUUAAUAUUUUAUUUAAUAAAAUGCAGGCAAAUUUGUGAUGAUCGUAAGCACGAACUCGAUGUACUGAAAAUACUAGGAAGUAAACGAAAUAAAAAUAAUAUUCUGGUGU